AUGCCAGCCCACCGCGCCGCCUCCGCCCUCCACGCCCCCGCCCCCGCGCCGACAUUCGGUUUUACGGUGCGCGGGCGCAGCGCCAACUCAUUUAGGGCGCAGCCGCCUAAUCCCGCCCCCACGGCAACGCGGCCCGCUGUUUGCUCAGGCGCCGGCGCGACGCACGCAGCACCCAGCACCCAGCAGCCGCCGAUGCGUCUUCCCGUUCCGGGCGGCGCGCCGGAUCGGCUCGAGUCGCUAUUAACGGCGGCCUCACAGUGUGAUCGGCAGACGCUCUUCCCCACACCUCCCCACUCCCUCCACAUUCCACAGCCCCCUUUCUCCAAACUGUCCGCCAGACUGUUCGAGGAGCCGCUGUCGCCGGUGCUGGGCGGCGCGCGCGUGUGCCUGCUGUGGAUACGCCUCUCUGCCGCGGGUCGGCAGAUCUGGCGCGGCAGACACGGGGUGGGCGGGGGCGGGGGCGAGCAGCGGCGGCGGCGGCGCCUGUGUCUGCGCCCGCCCCGCCGCCGGUCGCUAACGAGGCCGCCCCCGCCCCCGCCACCGCCGCCCCCUGCCGCCGCGGCGCCGCUGAUCAAAGACGCCGCCCCGGCGGCUAAUCAGCGGUCGGCCCGUGUCUCCGCCGAAUCUAAUAGCCGCCCCCGCAGCUCGGGCGCCACCCAGCCAGCCGGAGCGCCUCAUUUGCAUUCUCGGCAGUCGCCUAGUUUGGCUGCACUCCACGCCUCCCGUCGGCAUCGUCUUGCUUAA